GCACUUGUCUCAUGGGCAAUCAGUCGUCGUCGUCCAAGAACACCCACAUGUCCGCCGAGCCACCGUCACCUGCCGUGGUCAAGUCCGACGAGGAAUGGAGAGCCGAGCUGACUCCGGAGCAGUACCGCGUCCUGCGCAAGAAGGGGACGGAGCGGGCAGGGACUGGCGAGUACAACAAGCACUUUGAGGAGGGCACGUACCUAUGCGCCGGAUGCGAGACGCCCUUGUACGAGGCGGAGCACAAGUUUGACUCGGGCUGUGGCUGGCCGGCGUUCUACGACUCGGUCGAGGGCGCGGUGGCCCGCAAGUCGGAGAGCUUCCCGGACACCCGGACCGAGAUCCUGUGCUCAGCAUGCGGCGGACACAUCGGCCACGUCUUUGCCGGCGAGGGCUUUAAGACGCCAACCAACGAGCGGCAUUGUGCAAACUCGGUCUCGCUCAAGUUUAAGCCCAAGGCCAAAGGCGAGGGCGAGGGCGAGGGCGAGUAAGCUUUGGAGCAAGUUGUAGCGGGAGAUGCGAGCCGGGCGUGUAAAGUCCCUCAUCGCGUCGGACAAUCAGUGCAGUUUCUUGAUGAUCUUGCGGUUGGCAGAGUGAAUGCGGCUCGAGCCGCUGUCGACGUCCUUCUCCAGCUGAUCGAGGUCGG